GGCGACUUACAGUCGAGAGCCGGACUUGAACCUGAUUGGAGCCAGUGAGAACCGUCGCGUCGAGAGCUCAGUGCAGACAGACUCUUCUCCGAGGACAUACCGCCAACAUACUUUCACCGAUAAUGAUGCUGAGGGAAACGAUUCUUGUUUUCGCGGUUCUAAUUGCGUUGGCUACCGCCACGCAAGUCAACGUGUGCGGCAGUGGAGAGAAAUUUGCGGAUUCCAAUCAGGUUCAGAUAACCGGCUGCGACACGCCGCCGUGCAAGCUGAAACGCAGGUCGAAAGCUUCGGUCGAGCAGAAAUUUACGCCUGAUCAAGAUGUUCAGACCCUGACGAACUCUGUGCACGCGGCCGUUUUGUCCGUACCGUUGCCGUUUAUCGGCGUAGACGGGACAAGCGCAUGCGAGAACAUUUUCAACGUGGACGGUACACCAGCUGGAUGCUCGCUGCAGAAAGGCGUCGAAUACAUCUACAAACGGGAAUUUCCGAUCUUGCAGAUCUAUCCUACGAUUUCCAUGGUUAUACACUAUGCGUUAGUGGACGGGAGUCACACGGUCGCUUGCUUCGAGGUCCCUGCGAAGAUCACAAAUUAAGAGGUGUUUGUCGUUCACCCUGGGAUAACUACCUGCGUGGAUCCCGAAAGCCACGAAGCUGCACCUCUGCGACUGAAACGUCUGUACAAUAAGGGGGACAAUGUGAAAGGGAGAGUGUUCGCGUUGAAUCGUAAAAACCGAUAUUAAUUGGAAUAGAGCCGCUUUCACGUUGUCCGGUUUACCGAGCUUAAUCAGUAUGUAGUAUGAACAUGUUAUUAUAACUUUAAUAAAAUUUUUGUAUUAUU